UCCAAACAAGUAAUGGACUUUGUUGCUCUAGCUCCACAAAACUGAACUAGUUAGUUUGCACAUUUCAGUUUUGGUUCUGAGCUUUGAGUUGUGUUUUGGUUAGUAGAGAAGGGGGAGUGGAGAAGAAGGUGAAGAUGAAAAGCAACUCAAUUUACAAGCUUGGCUUGUUCUUGGGCUUGGUUUGGUUCUUGGGGUUUCAGCUGGCUCAGUGUACUGUGACUUAUGAUAGGAAGGCCAUUGUGAUUAAUGGGCAGAGGAGAAUUCUCAUUUCUGGUUCAAUACACUACCCCAGAAGCACUCCUGAGAUGUGGGAGGAUCUGAUACAGAAGGCAAAAGAUGGAGGUCUUGAUGUGGUGGAAACCUAUGUGUUCUGGAAUGGCCAUGAACCUUCUCCUGGCAAUUUCAAUUUUGAAGGGAGGUAUGAUCUGGUGAGAUUCCUGAAGACUGUACAGAAAGCAGGUCUCUAUGCACAUGUUCGCAUUGGGCCUUAUGUUUGUGCUGAGUGGAAUUUUGGGGGUUUUCCUGUUUGGCUGAAAUAUGUUCCAGGCAUCAGUUUCAGAACAGACAAUGAGCCUUUCAAGAGGGCAAUGCAAGGAUUUACCGAGAAGAUUGUGGGACUGAUGAAGAGUGAAAAAUUGUUCGAGUCCCAGGGAGGCCCCAUUAUUCUAUCACAGAUUGAGAACGAGUACGGAGCUCAAAGCAAGUUAUUUGGAGCUGCUGGACAUAAUUACAUGACCUGGGCAGCAGAGAUGGCUGUUGGGUUGGGAACUGGGGUCCCAUGGGUUAUGUGCAAGGAAGAAGAUGCUCCAGAUCCAGUGAUAAACACAUGUAAUGGAUUCUACUGUGAUUCUUUCUCUCCCAACAAACCAUACAAGCCUACCAUUUGGACAGAGGCCUGGAGUGGCUGGUUUACGGAGUUUGGAGGUCCAAUUCACCAACGGCCAGUUCAGGACUUAGCAUACGCUGUGGCCAGAUUUAUACAGAAAGGAGGAUCAUUUGUUAAUUAUUACAUGUACCAUGGGGGAACCAACUUUGGACGCACAGCAGGGGGACCUUUCAUCACUACCAGCUAUGACUAUGAUGCUCCCUUAGAUGAAUAUGGUUUAAUGAGGCAACCAAAAUAUGGGCAUCUGAAGGAGCUUCAUAAGGCUAUUAAGAUGUGUGAACGGGCUUUAGUUUCAGCUGAUCCUAUCAUUACUUCAUUGGGGGACUUUCAACAGGCUCAUGUCUAUACUUCAGAAUCAGGAGACUGUGCAGCAUUUCUUUCAAACCACAAUUCCAAGUCAGCUGCAAGAGUGAUGUUUAAUAACAUGCACUAUAACCUGCCUCCAUGGUCCAUCAGUAUCCUUCCUGAUUGCAGAAAUGUAGUAUUCAACACUGCAAAGGUUGGAGUUCAAACAUCACAAAUGCAAAUGUUGCCAACAAAUGUUCAGACUCUAUUGUGGGAAAUUUAUGAUGAAGAUCUUACAUCUCUGGACGACAGCUCAACAAUCACUGCUCCUGGUCUGUUGGAACAGAUAAAUGUUACAAGGGAUACUACUGAUUACCUUUGGUACAUAACUAGCGUUGACAUUGGUUCAUCUGAAUCCUUCCUACGUGGAGGGGAACUCCCCACUCUUAUUGUUCAGUCAACAUGUCAUGCUGUGCAUAUCUUCAUUAAUGGACAGCUUUCAGGUUCUGCUUUUGGAUCAAGGGAGGCUAGGAGAUUUACAUAUACUGGCAAAGUCAAUCUACGUGCAGGAACCAACAAAAUUGCACUGCUCAGUGUUGCUGUUGGAUUGCCAAAUGUGGGUGGACACUUUGAGGCAUAUAAUACAGGAAUCCUUGGCCCAGUUGCACUUCAUGGACUAAAUCAGGGAAAAUGGGACUUGUCUUGGCAGAAAUGGACCUACCAGGUUGGAUUGAAAGGAGAAGCCAUGAACCUUGUAUCUCCAAAUAGUUUUUCCACUGUUGGAUGGCUGCAAGCAUCAUUAGUUGCUCAAAAACAGCAGCCAUUGACUUGGCAUAAGAGUAUUUUCGAUGCACCUGAAGGAGAUGAACCUUUGGCUCUGGAUAUGGAGGGAAUGGGAAAAGGCCAGAUAUGGAUAAAUGGGCAGAGUAUUGGAAGAUACUGGACUGCAUUUGCUAAUGGUGAUUGCAACGGCUGCAGUUAUGCUGGAGGUUUCAGACCUACAAAGUGUCAAACAGGUUGUGGCAAACCCACACAACGAUACUAUCACGUGCCUCGGUCCUGGUUAAAGCCAACACAAAAUCUGUUGGUAAUUUUUGAGGAACUUGGAGGUGAUCCUUCAAGAAUUUCUGUUGUAAAGAGAUCUGUGAGCACUGUUUGCGCUGACGUUGCUGAAUACCAUCCAACCAUAAAGAACUGGCACAUCGAAAGCUAUGGAAAGGUACAAGACUUUCACAGCCCCAAGGUUCACUUGCGGUGUAAUGCAGGCCAGUCCAUCUCUUGCAUUAAAUUCGCUAGCUUUGGCACACCUUUUGGCACCUGUGGAACUUACCAGCAAGGAAGUUGCCAUGCUUCAACAUCAUAUGCUGUAAUAGAGAAGAAGUGCAUAGGGAAGCAGAGAUGUGCAGUCACCAUAUCCAACAGUAACUUCGGAGAUCCAUGCCCGAAGGUGUUGAAGCGCCUCUCAGUUGAAGCAGUUUGUGCUCCCACAACUUCGACAACUGUGCAACCCAAUUGGAGGGGUUAGACAAUAGUGACUAUGAUAACUGUUGCACCUAAUGACUUAAUUACAUACCACAGCAAGCAAGUGUACCAAGCAGAGAAGAAGAAUAAGAGGUAAAUUACAGCGAAAUAGCGUUUUAGUUAGGUGAAGUGUCAGCAGUGUUUUCUUCUGAUGAUGAGUAGUAGCUGGUGUUUGAAGCCAAAGGCAAGUAGUUUGUAAUUUAUGUGAGCUAAAUGGACUUGUGCACAAUAGUUAUUGUCGAGUAGGUCAGCUGUAGGUUCCUGGGAUCCUACAAUUUGGGUGCCCUGGGGCUCCGGCGCUCUGUUCCCUGGCCUUUUAACCGGGGAUAUGGGCAGUUGGGCAGUGCAAAAACUGUGUUUCUGUUGAUUGAUUGUAUUGUUCGUGUGAUGUUGGGGAACAAGAAUGACCCCAAUUAGGUACUCAGGUUCAUGUUAGGAACGGAUCCUAGUAUGAUCAUUUGUUUACUGUGCAGUUAUUGAAGAAAAAAAAUGGAGUUCAUUUACAGUGCUUCCCUUCA